AUGGAAGACGAAUUAGAAGAUAGAGUUUUACAUCAAACUUAUAUUUCUUUUAUGAAAGUUUUGUCUCGAUUUACGAGCAGUAUUGCGUUUGACACUCCCGCGGGCUAUUUAUGGAAAAUGGUGCGACUUUAUUUACUGCGAUCCGAAGUGCUAGUUUUCACUUUAGGGAUUAUUAUAUUUUUUAUGUAUCUUCAAACUAUAGGACUAUGGAGUCGCACUUUACUAAGCAGGCUAUCACAGGCGUUGAGCCCAAUAAACGCAGUGCAACGUAUGAAACUUAUGGAAGGCUCUGAAACUGAUAAACAAAGCUGGGAACUUAAAGGUGAAUCAAGUGCAGCAUACGCAAUUAAGGGUAGAAGAAUGCACAUGGAAGAUAAAUUUAUAAUAAGUGAGAAUAUCAACAGUACAGGUGUAUCCUUGUUUGCAAUAUUUGACGGUCAUGGUGGUGAAUUCGCCGCUAACUACGCAAAAGAUCAUCUUAUCCAGAAUCUUUACAACAAAGUUGUUGAACUUAAUGCAUUUAAAGAUGGUAAACUAGUCACCACUCCUUUAAAAGAAAGUCCAGAUGAAAUAAAGAGUGAAGAAAAUCAUGUGAUUGAGAAAAAGAGUAGUUUUCGGAAAUCUGCCAGUACUGCUGAUGACACAUCUAAAAAAGAGAUUACCGAUCCACAAUUAUUAGCCCAGUUGUCUAAAACACGCCCCAUAAUAACUAGGGAGGUGAGGCCAGUGAAACCAGUCAAAAACGUUGCCAUCCCAUUAUCAAGUUAUUUAGACAAGGGCAAGAUAAAUUAUGGUAAACUGUUAACAGAUGAAGUACUGGCAGCUGACAGGCUACUUGUUGAAGCUGCGAAGCGCUCUAUGAAUGUAGCUGGAACUACAGCUUUGAUAGCUGUUUUGGAAGAUAAUAAUCUGAUUGUUGCUAAUGUAGGGGACUCUAGAGGUGUGAUGUGUGACAGUCGUGGUAAUGCUAUUCCACUAUCGUUUGAUCAUAAGCCACAACAGGUGCGAGAACAGAAGCGUAUUGAAGCCGCCGGUGGAUAUAUUGCUUUUAAUGGUGUAUGGAGAGUUGCUGGCAUCUUGGCAACAUCACGUGCAAUGGGUGACUAUCCCCUCAAAGAUAAGAACUUUGUUAUAGCCGACCCGGACAUUCUAACAUUUAACCUUGAAGAUCAUCGACCAAUGUUCUUAGUGCUCGCUUCAGAUGGUUUAUGGGACACAUUCUCAAAUGAAGAGGCAAUCAAAUUUAUCAAAGAAAGACUGGAUGAACCUGACUAUGGAGCCAAAAGUUUAACCCUUCAAGCCUAUUACCGGGGCUCAGUUGACAAUAUUACAGUUUUGAUCAUAAACUUUCUGAACAGCAAAUUCUCUACAUCAUCAAUAAUGAAAAAUGAUUUUGAGUAA